GAUGGGAGAUUCGGGGCGGUACUUGUGCAGCCAUUUUCAAACUGCUGAGCGCAGAAAGGACCGUUUAGAAACCUAGGAAACGGUAACGCCAGCUGGUGACCAAGAUGUUAGAUCCAGUCCAAAUACGGCGGCGGGGAGCCGGGGACUUUGGGGCCUUUUAUGACUACGCUUGUGCGGGCCAAGACAUGAUCCCGAUUCCGGCUGUCAAAGCAAACCUGAGCCAAGGCGUGCUGGACUUCAACGGGGAUCGCAUCAAGCUGGCGGACUGGGCGCCGAUACUGAACGCGCUCGCCAUAAACAAACAGCUACACAGUGUCGUCAUCGGAAGCUGUUACCAGCCCGGACUCGGAGAACCAGAGAGAUCCCGGGUAUACAACAAGAAGAAGAUCCCGGCGUUCCGGUCCAAGGACAUGACGUUCCGGUUGUGUAAAGCCAUUCGGGACUGCCUGAGUGUUUCUCCCUGCCUCCGAACCCUGCGGCUGCAUGGCCUCCCACUGCGAGAGAGAGACCUCAAUGAGCUUACCAAGGGUCUUGGGAAAAGCUCGUCUUUGGAGAACCUCUCUCUGGCGUACUGUCCAAUAGCAGAUGAAGGAUUACAAACAAUCUGCCAAAGUGUGAAGUAUUCCACUUCAAUCAAGACGAUCGAUUUCACCGGCUGUAAUUUAACCUGGCAAGGUGCAGAACAUAUGGCCAAUAUCAUCAAGCACCAGGCCACCAGGAGGCGCAGUGACGUUUGGGCGGAGAGCCUGCGCUGCAGGAAGCCGGAUCUGGAGAACAUGAGCGGCAUCCGCAGGAUCACGCUGAACUGCAACACGCUGAUCGGAGACAGAGGAGCCGCUGCUCUGUCACAGGAGCUGGCAGAGGACCUGUGGGUCAAAGCAGUGGACCUGCAGAAAUGUGGGCUCUCCAAUGAAGGGGCGCAGGCUCUGCUGGAGGCCCUGAGCACAAACACCACCAUCGCCGUGCUGGACCUGCGGAGGAACCCGCUCAUAGACAACAACCUCGUAAAGACUAUCAUCGAGAAGGUCCUCAUGAACAACUCAAAGGCAAACUCGGCUGAGUACUGUUGGAUCAAGCCUCCAGCACAUAAAGACGCACAGAAAAGCAGAGGACAGAAGGGAGCCAGAGGGAAAACCGCCUUGAGAAUCGGCACCCGAAGACCGCCCUCUGGUGGUGCCAGGAGUCCACAAGCCCGCUCGGCUCCUGCUAUACCCUGGCGCUCUGCUGGACGUGUUGGACGCAUCAGACCACUUACUCAGGGUGUGGUAGAUCACUCCUUCCAGGAUCCUGCUAGUGUGAAGGUCACACUGGAGACGGAGUCUGAAUCAGAGGAGAGUGGAGCACAGACACCCCUAGUGCUGAGCCCUCCAGAGGCCAUCACAGUGCGCCAGUACAAACGCCUACAGGUGGAGCUGGAGGACUAUCGGCUCAGACUGAAUGAGGAGCGGAAGGCGAGGGUGAAAGCUGAUGUGCGUUUAGCAGAGUGGCGGGCGGUGCAGCUGGAGCAGGAGAACUGUCGGCUGAGGAAGGUGAACGCGUCCCUGUCAGAGGCCCUGCAGAGCCAGGCCGCGGCCAGCUCCCUGGAGGAUGACGCCACGCUGGAGAGCAUCGAGACGUCCUUCCACAAGUUCCACGCCUUCCUGGACCUGCUGAGGGACGCUGGGCUGGGCCAGCUGGCAUCCAUGGCGGGGUUGGAUCAGUCCCAGCUGCAGCCGUCUAGCCGACCCCAAUUCUCCUCCACCCUUAUCCCCAACACGAGAGACCCCAUGCUGGCAGUAAGAGAAGAGCUCCCUGUUCCUCUGGUGCACCAGCCUGACGGCUCCACAGGGGGCGCUGUAACUCCGCCGGGGGACUUCCAAACGGAACGGGAUGCCCAGGAAGCGGCCGUCAGUCCUUCGGGCAGCUCGGUGGGGAGUGGGCGAGGGCCCUCAGGCUGGAGGGAGCAGCCCGCUGAAGAGUGGCGGGAGGCGCGGGAGUCCCCUCCCCUGGAACCCGCGGCGCAUCCAGGGUCUGGUGGAGCCUCCCCCUCCAACCGCUUCCGCAGAAACCGCUCCCGCGGCAACGGCUCCCACAGCAACGGCUCCCACAGCAACGGCUCCCACAGCAACGGCUCCCACAGGGACAGCCCUAGCACGAGAGGGGGGUCGCGGGGGUCCGGAGGGGGCAGGAGCGGGUCGGAAUCGGAGCUCCUGGAACAGAUCCAGUCCCUGAGCAGCCUGGGACCCGGGUCCGAUCUGGGGUUCUGAGCCCCGCCUGCUGCACAGGCCCUUCUCAGGACCCGCCCCUCCCUCACUAAUCUCUUUUUAAUGCCUUUUGCUGCAAGGGUGCCAACAUGCAGGUUUUUUUAAAUUUUUUUAUUUCCCAAACCCGAGAUGCCAAGCUGUGGCUUGUUUUCGCAGGUGUGUUUCGCAAUAAAUGGCAGUCUGUAUUGGACGACCCUGCUGAUGUAGUCUGAUUCAGGUUUGCGGUGGUAUGCGUGAAAUGAAGGUCUCGGUGCUACAGUAAAUGCCCUGAACUGUGUGCUGGGCUGAACUGUUCCUCUAAAUCGGGGGUCCCCAACCGUGGUCCUGGAGAGCCACACAGACAUUUUGUUUUUCACCUACAAUUCAUUAACUAAUUCAGACCCAAGAAACUACGUCAGGUGAGUUGCAUGUUUAAGAAACCACAAGAAUUGAGCCGGAGAUGUUGUCGCUGUCCAGGACUGUAGCUGGGAAACCCUCUUUUGAUUGAUUGGUUUUAAGUUUGUAAAGUGACAGAUUUGGAUAAUGAACAAAACCCACUUUCAUAAACUCACACUGUUAAAUAUACUGAAUGGUAUGAUGGAUAUCCACGCUGUGACAUGUGCACGCAUGCCUACGACCUGAAAAGCCCUACAUGUCAUUUGCAUUGUGCCAAUAAAAAAACGUUGCAGACGCCAGCAGUGUCAUGCACUUCGAUGUGAAUUUCAGGCUU